CCCGCCGGGUCCGGUCCGGUCCCCACAGGUCCCGCCGGUGCGCUCUUCGCACUCUCCCUUCCCGUAGGCGCUCGCCGUGGCUCCCAGCACAACCAUGGCUCAGCACUUCUCCCUGGCCGCCUGCGACGUGGUCGGCUUCGACCUGGACCACACUCUGUGUCGCUACAACCUGCCCGAGAGCGCCCUGCUCAUUUAUAAUAGCUUUGCAGAGUUCCUGGUCAAAGAGAAAGGAUAUGACAAAGAGUUGCUCACUGUGACUCCGGAGGACUGGGAUUUCUGUUGCAAGGGCUUGGCACUGGAUCUGGAAGAGGGGAACUUCAUUAAACUUGCAGAUAAUGGCACCGUUCUCAGGGCAAGCCACGGCACAAGGAUGAUGGCCCCCGAGGAGCUGGCCAGGGAGUAUGGCAGGAAGGAGUGGAGGUACUUCAUGUCCGACGCCGGGAUGGCGUGCCGCUCAGGAAAAUACUAUAUUUAUGAUAACUACUUUGACCUGCCAGGAGCCCUUCUGUGUGCCAAGGUGGUGGAUUUCUUAACAAAGCAGCACAAUGGUCAGAAAACAUUUGAUUUUUGGAAGGAUAUAGUGGCUGGUAUACAACACAAUUAUAAGAUGUCAGCUUUUAAGGAAAACUGUGGAACAUAUUUUCCAGAAAUAAAAAGAGAUCCAGGCAGGUAUUUACACAGUUGUCCAGAAUCGGUAAAAAAGUGGCUUCGACAGCUAAAGAAUGCUGGGAAAAUUCUUUUGUUAAUCACCAGUUCUCACAGCGAUUACUGUAGACUCCUCUGCAAACAUAUCCUUGGGAAUGAUUUUGCAGAUCUUUUUGACAUUGUGAUUACAAACGCGUUGAAACCUGGUUUCUUCUCCCAUUUACCAAGUCAAAGACCUUUCCGCAGACUGGAGGAUGACGAGGAGCAGGAGGCACUGCCAUCUCUGGACAAACCCGGCUGGUACUCCCAAGGGAACGCUGUCCACCUUUACGAACUUCUGAAGAAAAUGACUGGCAAACCUGAACCCAAGGUUGUUUACUUUGGGGACAGCAUGCAUUCAGAUAUUUUCCCAGCCCGUCACUAUAGUAACUGGGAGACAGUCCUCAUCCUGGAAGAGCUCAGAGGGGACAGGGACUGGAAGCCUGAGGAAUCGGAGCCCCUAGAGAAGAAGGGGAAAUAUGAGGGACAGAAGGCAAAGCCUCUAUAUUCAUUAUCUAAUAAAUGGGGCUCUUUUUUUAUUGACUCCAUUUCUGGACUGGAAAAUACAGAAGACUCAUCAGUUUGUACAUGGUCCUGCAAGAGAAUCAGUACUUACAGCACUAUUGCAAUUCCAAGUAUUGAAGCAAUAGCAGAAUUACCCCUGGACUACAAAUUUACAAGGUUCUCCUCAAGCAAUUCAAAAACAGCUGGCUACUAUCCAAGUCCUCCGCUAGUCUUAGCAAAUGGCGAAUCACUGACAACCAAAUAACUUGACCUUUACUGAACAAUGAAGUGAAGAACUGUAUAUGCAGCAAAUGUACUGUAAAAUGUUAAUUUAAAAAAAAAACAUGCUUUAUAGGAACAAAUUCUUAAUGAAAAUUGACCAAGAAAUUGAUGUUUUUUCCACAGAUCCUCUUUCUCUAGAUGCCCAAUAACUGAUUAUAUCAAGAUCUCAGUAUCUUAGAACUGAAAAUCACCUUACUACUGUUUUGUGUACCAGUAGUUCUGAGAUUAGAAUUCACCUGGGGACACACACAUACACACACAUAUUUACACCUAAGCCUAGGCCAGUGGCUCUCAAAGUGUGGUCCCAAACCACUGUCAUAGCAUCACCUGAGAACUGGUAGAAAUGCAGAUUUGCAGGCUACACCCAAGACCUACAGAAUUAGGAACUCUGGAAAUCUGUGUUUAAUAACAGUGUGAUUCGCACUAAAGUUUGAGAACCACUGGCUUGACCAUAACCACCAGAGACUGGUUCAUUUGGUCUGGGGAGAGAGAGGCAUGUUGACCCCUUCUAUACCCAAGGACACUGAGUCCAGUGACAGUAAAUGAUUUUUCCAAGGUAUCAGGUUUUAUGCUGUUCUUUUGUUUUCCAAAGCAAGGAAUGGAGACGGGAUUUCUUCUGAUGCCACACAGCCUGUGUGGAACGGAGAGGACACCAGAAGCCUACUAUUUCAACCUCCAAUGUUGCCCAUUAGGGUUCCCACGAAAGAAAAAUAAAAGAGAACACAAUGGAUUCCAGCCCCACAGAGCUCAACAUUACCCAAAAAAUCUUAUUUUGUAGCAUUAAUACUUCUCAUUAAGGAGACAUAUAAUUUAAAGCUAAAUUUAUUAAUUAAAUUUGAGUGAAUUUUUUCUCCUUGGGUGGGGCAGGUGGUAAUGAAAAGAAAGUGAGAAAAACUGCUUUAGAAGGCUUUAUCAUUAUAAGGACCAUCCGGGAUUAUUGUGUUCUGUGUGCUGUGCAGUCCUAUUCACGGCUGUUUGUUGUAGGACCUUUGGAGGCAGAAACGUUUACAAUAUAAAUCCUGGCUCUUCUUAUGUUCUAAUUCCAUCAUUCACCAUGAACAAUAACAGGAACACACUGAUCACCAUCAUUGUUUUACCUGGACUGUAGCAGAGAAUUUAGCAUAUUGAUAUAUACAAAGAAAAGAUAAAUAUUUUGUUAAAGAUUUUAAAUGCUCAAAAAUAAUUCCAUAUCUGUGGUGGGGAUGAGUAUCUCAGGGUAGGUAAAUAGUUACUGAAAUUGUUUUCUCAAAGUCAGUAGCUUUCUUUGAUACCUAAUAAGAAUAUAAUAAUGUGUUUGGAAUUGAUUUCCAAAUCUCAGUGGAAUAUGAUGAUGAGCAUACAAAUCAAGUGCAGGGCUAAGUGACAGAUGCUGUCUCCUGUAUACUUGCAGUACACAUUUGAUUUCUUUCAAAAAUAAACCUAUUUUUCCUUACACAUGUUUAUUUUGUAAAUGACAAAGAACAAUCCAUCUUUAAAUGCAUAUAAACUACUAUUGUAAAUAUGAAAAAUGAGAAGUUAAUUGCACUUUUCAUGCCACUAUGGAGUAAAAAAAAAUUCACUCAAGAAGUUCUGAUCCUACUUAUACUAGUAUCUACCUAAAGAAUCUGAACAGCUGAACCACCUAAGUUGAACUCAGUUUUUCCUACCUUGUCGAAAGAGGAGGUUAGAGUUUAUUUCCAAGUUUGCUUCCACCUUUCUAAGGGAUAGUCAGCGAUAAUAAUGAAUGCUGUAAUUAAAGUGUUUAUUUCACUUCUAAAAAUGCCAGUGUUUCUAAUUGGACAUGAAGAUUUAAGAUCAUCCAAAAAUGGCAAUAUAAAUAUUAAAAAGAGAAUCUCAGAGAAGAAAGCUAUAUAUUCUAAAUAAAUUUGUGAGUAGCAAAGCAGGAAAAUUAUGCAAGUAGGCACAAGACUUAAGUUUCAUCUUAGUACACAGGCAAACACUCAUCAUCCUUUUAAAAGAUACCUAAACACAAUUGUCAAAGGCGAUGGGAUUCUCUCUGCAGGCCACUGUUGGUCUCACCUGAAGAGGAAAGACCUGAAUGGCACCGCCGUCAAAUAAUUUGUCAGAAUUUGGUGUUUAAAAUAUGGAGGUAGCAAAGACUUCAGUGAACCUAGAAUUACCACGUAAGAUUCAAGUUGAGUUUAUUAAACUCUAAAUUGAAAUUA